AUGAUCAUUUUAUUCUUCUUCUUUGUUAUCUCUUCACCAUUCUUCUGCUGCAAACUUUCUUUUGCUAUUGACUUUUUAUCUCCAAAUCAAGUUCUAGUGGACAAUGGUGGAACUUUAGUUUCCGCUGGCCAGAAAUUUGAGUUAGGCUUCUUUGGUCCAUCUGGAGUGUUGACUGAAAGAUAUGUUGGAAUUUGGUUCAAGAACAUCCCGGAACAGACAGUGGUGUGGGUAGCCAACAAGGACAGUCCGUUACAAAAUUCAUCCGGUGUUCUUACCAUCACCCCGACUGGUAACAUUGUGAUCAUUGAUAACAGCACGAAUUCGAUCAUCUGGUCGGCAAAUACAGACUCAAAACCCGUGAGUGAUCCAGUGUUGCAGCUCCUGGACAAUGGAAAUCUUGUCCUGAAAGAUGGUAGUGAUGAUGGAACCAAUCCAGGCAGCUACUUGUGGCAGAGCUUUGACCAUCCAUGUGACACUUUACUUGCAGGAAUGAAGCUUGGGUGGAACCUUGCAAACAACCAAGAAUGGUACUUGACAUCUUGGAAAAGUUUGCAGAAUCCAGGGAUAGGGGCAUAUACAUUGAGAGUUGAUCCGCGUGGACUUCCUCAGGUACUUCUUCGCCAAGGAUCUGAUGUAGUGUUCAGAAGCGGGCCAUGGGAUGGUGAUCGGUUUGGUGGUGGUGAACUCUCUCCAAACACGAUUUUCAAACCUACAUUUGUCUAUGAUUCAAAAAAUGAGUACUACUCAUAUGAGAAUAGUGAUGAUUCGAUUGUCUCAAGGUUUGUUCUAAACCAGUCCCAGCUGAUACAGCAUCUUACUUGGAGCAUUAGGCGUAAACAAUGGGUUGACAUUGCGACGGUUCAAAGUGAUGCAUGUGACAAGUAUGCAUUAUGUGGAAGUUAUGGCAUGUGCAACAUUAACGCUGGCUUUUUAUGUAGCUGUUUACCAGGGUUCACACCAAAACUACCUCAGGAUUGGGAAAGAAUGGACUGGUCUGGUGGAUGUGUUAGGAAAAAACAGCUGAACUGUAGUGAACCCCAAGGAUUCAGGAAGUUUUCCAACCUGAAAUUGCCAGACUCUGCGCAUCUUUUUGCAAACUUGACUGCAUUCCAAUGCGCAGAGACUUGUCUGAAAAAUUGUUCUUGCACGGCAUAUGCUCAAACUGAGGUAAGUGGGUGUGUCAUAUGGUAUGAUGACCUGGUUGACAUGAGGACAUACAAUGAAGGUGGACAGGAACUCUACGUUCGGAUGCCUGAGUCUGAACUUGCUGGAAGGAAGAAGUUGAUAAUUGCACUGUCUGUGGGUAUCUCCAUGCUCUUCAUGGUCCCAAUGAGCUGGUUUCUUUUCCAUACUUGGGCUACUAAAUUUAGACGAGCUAAAAAAGAUAUUGCAGUUCCUAUGAAGCCUAGAAGAAUUGGAGAUGAAGAUAUAGACUUACCCUUGUUUGAUUUGCUCACCAUUUCAAAUGCUACUAAUGACUUUGCAUAUGCAAAUAAGAUUGGAGAAGGUGGUUUUGGUCCAGUUUACAAGGGUGUACUUCCGACAGGGCAAGAAAUAGCAGUUAAGAAAGACUCCAAAGAUUCUGGACAAGGUGUUGAAGAAUUCAAAAAUGAAGUGAUUUUAAUAGCAAAAUUACAGCAUCGGAAUCUUGUAAGGCUGCUAGGAUGCUGUAUUGAUGGGGAAGAGAGAAUGUUAGUGUACGAAUAUGUGCCCAACAGAAGUUUGGAUUUGUUUAUCUUCAGUAGGUUCUCUCUAUAA